CCUUUCUUUUUUCUCUCCGCAUCGCAUAUUGAAUAUUGGAUAUUGAAUAUUCAAUAAUCAACCCUCUCCUCUCCUGCCACGCAAUUGCCUCUGCUGCAUGACCUGUCGAUCGCGACAUGAGUUGCUGAUGUUAAUGCUAAUGGUGAAUCAGACCGCGGCUCGUCCUUGCCUCGCCCGCGCCUCCUUGAUUCAGCCCGAGCAACCUGUCUUUUCCGCCCACGACAACGACCGCCCUCUGCCUUGGUCGCUGCGAGACCUGCUCGAUCCUUGCCGAUUCUAUUGCGUGACGCCCUCCCGACUAUUUGACGUGUCGCUACAGGGGACUUUCGCGUGGUGGUUGUAGGUUUGGUUCACUUCACGUGGAGACCCGAGUUGAUGGCCCUGUGCUUCCUUUAAAGCUCUCGACCUCACUGCUGGGCUCAACUUCUGUCGCCGUACUCAAUCUUUCGGCCAAUACUCAUCGACAAGUACAAUUAGGAUUGUCUCGC